ACAUCCUUGGUGCCCCCUGAUCCGUCCUUCGCCUCUCAUCACGACCACACUGCGCACUCUUUUUUUCUUUUGAGCACCAUACUCUUCAACAGAUCCCUCAUCAUGACUUCCUCUGAUGUUGUCUCUACUGCCGCUUGCUGGCUCACCCUGUCCUUCCAAGCCGCAUUCACCCUUGAGAACAUCCUACUUACCGCCUGUUACAUGGUGGUCCUGCACCUCGCCGCGACUCAUUUCCCCGAUUGGAGCUGGCUGCUGGGUCCCAAGACUCUUGAUUCCCAUGCUUGGACUACCAAGGCUAAGAAAACGGUAUGCUUCAUCUGCCUUCACCUUGUCAGCAUCACUCUCGCCGCUGCCUUCCAGCUAGGCGCCGCAAUUGCUUCGAGAGGCUUUCGAGAAGGUCCACACAGUGACAAAGGCUACUGGUAUCUCCUGCAAAGCACGCGCUUCAUCGUUGCCAGCUAUUGGGCCGAAAUGCUCUUCAAUGAGAGUAUCAGGAUGCCAAUGAUCGUGCAUCAUCUAAUCACCAAUCUCAUCAUUGGUGAGUAGGACGACGAACAAUUUUCGUACAGACCUUGGACAAUUUACAGUAGCUGAGGCGACUUUCUGUACUACCUUCCGAAGCUCAACUACCUGUCAAAGGUCUCGACACUACCGGAUUUGGUCUUCCAUAUCAGACACUGGCCUGCUUCUGGCUCUUGCAAGCGAACGUUGAGCAGAUCACCUAUCUUGGACUUUUGGGUCGCCGAAUAGG